CCUCAUUUCCCGCCACCCCACCUCGCUCUGUCCCCAGAUCCCUCGCCUUCCUCUCUCUCUCCACCCACGCCGCAGGGUCGCCGUCCCCCGCUCACGAAGUACCCUCGACUGCGCAGAGAGUAAGCAGCGGCGGGGCGAUGGAGGCAGAGAUCCGUGCGGAGCUUGAGAGCAGCGGCUUCUCCAUCGGGGGCGCCGGCCCCGAGGAUGCCGCCCAGAUCCUCUCCACGCUGCUGACCUACUGCAUCAACUACAAGAUGAGCCCCGCGGACCUCGUCUCCAACUGGGAGGUCUACUACCUCAACAGGCAAUUGGAUGGCUUAAAGCUUCAAAGGUCAUAUCUUGAUGGUUUUCAGUCGCACCUUCAAAAUGAAGUUAAAGAAAGGAUAAUAGAAGAAGAGGCCGACCUUCACAUUUACUCCAGUAACGAUGUUGACAUGCUCUUGAACAAUUCACACGCAGAUGAAGCAGCAUUUCUUGAGACGCCAGGCUCUAAACAGGAAAAAACCCCUGGAGAGCCAUUUAACUCUGAGCUAACUCUGACAAGCGACAGACCAUCAUCCAGCAGAGUGGCCAAAACAAAUGGUGACCGCAUUACCCCUUUCGCAACUCGAGUAAAUAAAUUUACUCAGCAGUACGUUCUUAAUGCUGAUAAUGCGGCUAGCAUGCCAAGCACACAUGAGGCUGAAACCACAGAUGAUGAAGUAAUUAAAAGAAUCCAACCAAGUCAAAGAUGUUCCUUACAAGUUCAGCGCUCACAGCCUGAACCAGGUUGCAGGUUCAUGUAUGAUAGAAUGGAAGACAGAUUUAAUUACUUGGAAGAUCGGUUACGAAAAUCGGCAACCUUGUUUUCUGCAUCUGGGUUUUGUGGAGAACCUGCAGAUGCUACUCUUGCUUCAGAGGAGAAAAUGUUUGCAGUCGGCAUGGUAACCUGUGAUGGGGAAGGUCGUUUGAAUGAAAAAUCCAUCUUGCUUCAGGGCAGUGUCGAGCACUCCAGGGGACAGCGUGUGCGCCUUGACUUGAAGGAUCUUGAUCACUUCUCUUUGUUUCCUGGACAGGUGGUGGGUAUUGAAGGCCACAAUCCCAGUGGACACUGUUUCGUUGCAUCAAAGUUGAUUGAUUCGAUACCGGUCUCUGUGGAUGCUCAACUUCCUAGUGCUAAGAAACAAGCUGUUGACAAUGGAAACCACCACCAAAAUUCUGACGCUGGCACUCUGCCAAGAGCAUUGUCAUCGGUCAUUGCGGCAGGUCCCUACACAACCACCGAUAAUCUGUUGUUUGAGCCAUUGCAAGAACUUCUGUCAUAUGCUUGUCGUAAGCAACCUCAACUGCUCAUAUUGAUGGGACCCUUUAUUGAUUCUGAUCAUCCUGACAUAAAAAAGGGAACUGUUGACCAGACAUUUCAUGAUAUUUUCCAUUUUGAAAUUCUGAGAAAGAUACAAGACUUUACCCAGUAUUUGGGGAACACCGUCCGUGUAAUUCUCAUUCCAUCCGUGCGUGAUGCUCACCAUGACUUUGUUUUCCCUCAGCCUGCAUUUGACUUGAAUUUACCAGAAGAUAUCACACAUCAGAUUUCUUGUCUGGCAAAUCCAAGUCUAUUCAGCUGUAACCAGAUACACUUUGGCUGUUGUACAGUGGACAUCUUGAAACAGCUCAGUGGUGAGGAAAUUUCUCGCAAGCCACCUGUUGGAAAGCCUGGCGACAGGAUUGGGCGACUUGCAACACACAUAUUAAAGCAACAAAGCUACUAUCCUCUAUAUCCUCCUGCUGCUGGUGUGCCAUUGGACUUCUCACUUGCUAAGGAAGCCCUGGAAAUCUCAUCGGCUCCAGAUGUUCUCCUGCUUACUUCCGAUCUUGCUCCAUUUGUGAAGGUGCUUUCCCUUGGGGAAGGCAGCGAUGUUCAGAAACAGUUUAUUUGCAUGAACCCUGGGAGGUUGGCAAAGGGAAUUGGUGGGGGCACAUUUGUGGAGCUUUACUACAAUGAGGACACCGACAGGACGAAGGCCUCCAUCAUCCGCAUAUAGUUUUCCUGCCGGAGCAUAUCACCUAACAUGAAAAGAGGCUGAUUCAUCUGCUGGAAAAUUUACCAAAGGCCUGGGGUCUUGUUUGCCACCAGUAACCACCCAACAGGAAGGAUUUAAGUGCAUGCAAGCUGAGCAAGGAAAGCCAUAUCAGCGUUUUAAGUUUUGCUUAGCUUAUGGCAGCAUUUCUGCUGUAACCAAGUACCGAGUAGAAGAUUGACAUUAUUGUCAACUAACAACUGAUCUGAUCGUUUCUCCGGUUUCCGUACUAUUGUAUAUCAGGAACUAGUUGGUCCAUCCUAUUGUAUAUCAGGAACUACUUGGUCCAUCCUAUUGCUGUUUCCUCCCCCAUAGCAUUAUUACGGUUCCAUGCUUACUGGCAGUUUCUAUCCAGAGUGUUAA